AUGUCGCUAGCGAUUCUUUCGUGUCUAGAUGACCCAUCAGAUCUUGUCCGUGCGAGUGCUGUCUCACGCUCCUGGAGAGAGUUUGUGAGAAGGUUCAGUCUCUCCAAGAACCUGUGCUUGAAGUUGUUCCAUCGGCUAAGCAGUGUGGAUCGUAUAACAGAAGCAAGUAAUGAUAGAGACGAAGAAGAGUCCUCCGAGGCGGGGCCAAGCAGCCUCAUGGACACAAGGGUACUAGAGAGAGAGCACAGGGCUUAUGCCUUGUUGGCCAGAGGAUGCAAGUCGUCCCCUAUCAGAAGCUGUAUCGCCGAAGCCAUUGUAGCGUCUAGUACUGAUAACUACCCAGCAGAGAGCAUCUUGAACACACUCGAAGAAAGAGAUAAAAUUGAUAACAACACCCCUUCGUAUUGGUCGAGUACAGGACAACACAAGACCUCGGUCCCCGAAACACUUCUUUACAAGCUCAAGGCUGAUUUGUGCGUCAUUACUGAGUUCAGCGUUCAGCCUUUCCAAGCUUAUUUUCAGCCCGGUACGCCGAUAUACUCUUCACAUUAUGUUCGUUUCCGGUUGGGUCACCACAAUGCCAAUUCACAGGAGAAGAAAAGUGAGUCAGGAAAGGUUCCUCCGGUCGAAAGCAACUAUGUGUGGACCUACACUUCACAGGAGUUUCCGAUGGCUCAGGAAAAUCGGUUGCAGAACUUUAAGCUUCCAGAACCCGUUCUUUGCGUUGGUGGGUAUCUACUAAUCGAGCUGCUAGGUCGAGUUCAGACACAAGAAAUGGAUGGCCUAUACUACAUAUGCGUGUCGCAUGUCAAAGUGAUGGGAAGAGCACUAGCGAAAUCGUUUCGGGUGGUGGAUCCGGAUGAGUCAGGAAAGUUUGGGUUGAAGGUAGUGAGUUACAGUGAUCCACAAGAAAUGGACGAGAUGGAAGAAGAGGCAGAGCAAAGUCCUCAAGAAUUGGAUGAGAUGGAAGAAGAGGAAGAGCAAAGGCACCUUGGGCCGGUGAGAAACCCUCGGCUUAGUCCGAUGAGGAACCUUGAACAGCUCUUGAAUUUCCUGCGCAGGCGUCCUCGCGACGUCGAUUAUGUUUGGCCUGAGUCAGACGAUACUGACUCAGACGAGGAGGUUUAG